CUUACGUCGCAGACGCCUGGCAGCGCGAGGACGCGGGGUUCCGGGAGUGCGCAGUGCGUGCGUCGGCCGCGACCCUUCGGUCUGGUUGGGGCGGGGGCGACGCUGAGAUGGGGGCGGCGGGCGCGGAAGCCGAUCGCACGCUCUUUGUGGGCAACCUUGAGACUAAAGUGACAGAGGAGCUCCUUUUCGAGCUUUUCCACCAGGCUGGACCAGUCAUAAAGGUGAAGAUUCCUAAAGAUAAGGAUGGUAAACCAAAGCAGUUUGCAUUUGUGAAUUUCAAACAUGAAGUAUCUGUUCCGUAUGCAAUGAAUCUGCUUAAUGGAAUCAAACUUUUUGGAAGGCCAAUCAAAAUUCAGUUUAGAUCAGGAAGUAGUCAUGCGUCUCAUGAUGUCAGUUCAUCAUAUCCCCAGCAUCACGUUGGAAAUUCAAGCCCUACGGCCACAUCUCCUAACAGCAGAUUUGAAAGAACUAUGGACAACAUGACUCUAUCAACACAGAUAAUUCAGAGAUCUUUCUCUUCUCCAGAAAAUUUUCAGAGACAAGCAGUGAUGAACAAUGUUUUCAGACAGAUGUCAUACGGUGGAAAAUUUGGUUCUCCACAUCUGGAUCAGUCAGGAUUUUCACCAUCAGUUCAGUCACAUAAUCAGACUUUUAACCAGUCUUCAGGCUCCCAGUGGCGCCAAGAUACACCAUCAUCGCAGCGUAAAGCCAGACAGAAUUCCCAUCCCUACCUAGCAGAUAGACAUUACGGCCGUGAACAGCAUUAUACUGAUCCUGGGUCUGACCACCAUUACAGAGGAAGCAGAGAUGAGUUCUUCUAUGAAGACAGGAUUCAUGAUGGCUGGAGCCAUGACUAUGAAAACAGACGAGACGGCAGUAGAGAUGGAAAAUGGCGCUCGUCUCGCCACUAGUGAGUGGUAAAAGGACAUUGUUUCAUGGGGUCAUUUUGGGCCCUUUGGACUAAGUUGGUUUGGAAGUAUUUGUGGAAAAAUUGUACAGAGCAGCUUUACAAAGUUGCCACAUUUCUUUAUAAAUUUUUUAAAGUCUGUAGUUAUACUUUAAUACAGAAAUGAAGAUUUGUGGUUCCUGUUUUAUUAAUUACCUUUCACCUCAGGGUUUUUUGAAGAGGAAAGGGUUUUAUGCAAAAGAAAGUGCCACAGUUCCUAAUUGUUUUAAGCUGUUUAGGAAAGGUGAAUUGUAUAGGUUGGUUGAAUUAAAAACAAAUAUUUUGAUUAUCUGUUA